UAAUAUUUCUUUAAGUUACCUUUUCUUUUCUUUUUUUUUUUUGGUAUUCUCAAAUAUAAAAGUUAGGUUUCUAAUUCUAUUGUCUUCAUCUUCAUCCCAAUCCGUAUCCCUUUCCUUCUCUUUUUCUUCGAAUCGAUCAGAGCAUCCCAGCCCGAGAUCGCUUCAAUCGAUGUCGUCCGGCAGAAAGAUUACGUUGAAAAGCUCCGAUGGUGAAACCUUCGAGGUCGAUGAGGCGGUGGCCUUGGAGUCGCAGACCAUCAAGCACAUGAUCGAGGACGAUUGCGCUGACAAUGGUAUUCCCCUUCCCAACGUCACCAGCAAGAUCUUGUCUAAGGUCAUCGAGUACUGCAAAAAACAUGUCGAGGCUCCUAAGGUCGACGACCGCGCCUCUUCCGUCGACGAUGAACUCAAGUCUUGGGACACAGACUUCGUCAAGGUUGACCAGGCCACUCUUUUCGAUCUCAUCUUGGCUGCAAACUAUUUGAACAUCAAGAGCUUGCUGGACCUGACUUGCCAGACGGUGGCGGACAUGAUCAAGGGCAAAACUCCUGAGGAGAUUCGCAAGACCUUCAACAUCAAGAAUGACUUUACACCAGAAGAAGAGGAGGAAGUUCGCAGGGAAAACCAAUGGGCAUUUGAGUAAAACUUGUUUACAACAAAUGAACUACUUUGUUUCUGUGCUCAAGUAUUUCUUUUCCUUUUCUCUUUUGGCCUUAAUUGGAUUUCGAGGUUACUGAAUGUUAUUGCAAUCCAACAUGGGGAAAGCCUCCUAGUCCAUAAAACUUUGUAAUUUAAUGCUCCUACAAAUCUUCUCAAUCUCUCCUUUAGAUACUGUGAUGUUUAUCUGGAUCUCUUCAAGUAUAUGAAUGUUAUAAAAUGUUGUUCUUUAUCCA